AUCCUCAACAACUCCAACCACAACUCCAACUUGGCAUGUGCAUGUGGGAAGCCUGAGGUUGCGGCUUUCUCGAAAUCUCUCACCAAGAGAGCGCCAGCGAGGCCGCCCCCGUCCAACCAUAACUUCCUGUCGCGCACAUGGCCACCGUCAGCCACUUUGACAACGAAGACUACACCAUGACCUAUCCAGAGCCACCCCACUACUCGGCAACGACAAUGGACCUUGGGCUCUCGCCCGAGCCAUACAGCGCCUACCCGCGGUCCGCACACGACUACCCGACGACGAUGGGGUACGAGAGCGGCGCCGUCUACGCCGAGGCACCAUACAUGUACAGCAGCGGGAGGGCAUCGCCGGGCACCUACCCCGACGACAGCGACGUGGUGCGCGGGCCGGCUUCAGACCUGAGCAUCGCGAGCGCCUCAUCGUCCAACAUGGGCUCACCGCUGUCAAGCCACGGGCACAUGGCGCCAAUUCCAGAGUGGGCCUCGGCACCACACGGGCUCGGGGUUACCCCGAGCAUCGUCGACCAGGCCGACUAUUUCCCCGGCGAGUACUCUUUCACGCCGGGAGCAAUUGAGGCCUUCAACCCCCCUCCCUACGACUUUCCGGCCAGCAAAGCGCCAGGAUUUGUCGGUGAGUUGUCACAGGUCCCUAGGUCUUCUUGUCUCUCUCCGCGCCCGCCCAGCCACGGCGGGCAGCACGCCCGGGCCCCUCGUGGCUCCAUUUCUCCCUCUGUUUCUUGCCAUUCUGGAUCCACUGUUGUCCCCCCCAAAUCACCCUCCAGUCCCGGCCUGGCCCUCGACACACGCCUGGCGCGGCAGACUUCCAUGUCUGCAUCCCUGGCGUCCACGCCGGCGUCUUCUGCUGUCGCUUCGGGUCUGCUCCUGACGCCGCCUACCACUUCUACUGCCUCUUCCUCUUCGUCUUUCUCGUCUCGCACCGCCUGGGGCAGCCCGCCCGUGGGCUGCGGCUCCCCGGCGCCCCGCAGUGCGCCCAGCUCCCGCUUGGUCUCUUCUUUCUUUUCUCAGUCUAGCGGCCAUUUCGUUCCUCCUCUCGAAUCUUAUCCCUCGCUCAUCCACCCAGACGUCAGGCCCAUGGCGAUGCCCUAUGAGCCGUCCUACCCGGCGCCGCCCAACUCCGGGUACCCCACCUCGCCCUCCCUCUCGGUUUCCGCGUCGCCUCAGCUCCGGCCCGGCAGCACCUCCCCGUUCCUGCAUAAUAGUAAUUACCAGCCCUACUCUCCGUUCCAGCCGCCCGUCGACGCCCAGCGCCGCGGGAGCCUCGUGUCGUACCAGUCCAACUUCUCCGGCGAGCAGCCGUUCAGCGGCGAUGAGUCGAGAGAGAAGCAGCGCUGCCCCCAUCCGGACUGCGGCAAGGCCUUCAAGGACCUCAAGGCGCACAUGCUCACCCACCAAACCGAGCGGCCCGAGAAGUGCCCCAUCACGACGUGCGAGUACCACGUGAAGGGCUUUGCGAGGAAAUAUGACAAGAACCGUCACACACUCACCCACUACAAAGGCACCAUGGUGUGCGGCUUCUGCCCGGGCUCCGGCUCCGCGGCCGAGAAGUCGUUCAACCGCGCCGACGUGUUCAAGAGGCACUUGACAGCCGUGCACGGCGUCGAGCAGACCCCGCCCAACAGCCGCAAGAAGACGGCGGGCGCCAGCAACGGCAGUGCGAAGCUUACGGGGUACGCGCCCGACGCGACCGGCAAGUGCUCGACAUGCUCGCAGACCUUCAGCAACGCCCAGGACUUCUACGAGCAUCUCGACGACUGCGUGCUGCGCAUCGUGCAGCAGGAGGACCCGGCCGAGGCCAUCAACGCCCAGCGCCUGGCCGAGGUCGAGAACGACCGGGACGUGCACAACACGCUCGAGAAGAACCACCUCCCGACCACCACCAUGACCACCACCGAGGAUGCCGACGAAGACGACGAGAACAUGGACGAGGACGAGUACGACGACGAGCUCAAGGGCCGCGGCGGCAAGGGGCUGCUCUCCUCCCCGAGGCGGUCCAAGGGCGGCAACCCUAUCAACGGCGUCCAAAAGUCGCGCGGCCUCACCCACUCGCGCGGCGGCGUCCCUCUCCAAAACCCAAAGAGCCGCGGCCGCAAGAACAGGCGCGACUACCCUUCCUCGUGGGGCUUCGACAAGGGCCAGAUGACCAUGAAGAAGCGGGUCAUGGCCGUCUUCGACGGGCAGCGGCGCCUGGCCAAGGACGACAUGAUGCUGUCGACCGAGCAGGAGGUGCGCAUCAAGCUCCAGGACGGCAAGUCCUACGUGACCGACCUCGACAUGCAGACGCUCAAGCGUGCCGAGGGCUUCCUCGGCGCUACCGACGAGGAGAAGGGGCCGUGGAUCUCGGAUGACCCGACCGAGGAGCAGCUCAAGCAGAUGCUCGAGUACCCCGAGGCGCCGGUUGCCGCGGCGCAGUGAAGGAAAAUCCCCCAACCAACCAACCAACCAACCACCCACCCCGCGCACGAUGAUGAAGGAACACAAACCUCCCCGCUUUGAUACCCAAAACCUAUCAUACUAUAAACACCAUCACCAGCCACUUGUGACAUAAUAAUCACACCUGUACUUAAUAUUCUCGGCCUCCUCUUUUUUUUU